UUUUUUGGCUCGGAAUUCCCGUUGGUUUCUUCCUCGUGAAUCCCCCCCCGCUUGCUUGAAUCAUGAGGCCCCGUCGCGAUCGCGAGUGAUCCCCGUUUUUGGACUGGCAAUUCGGGAGCUUCUUGCGGCUUCGGUGGCGUUUGCUCCGUGUCGAUACAAUUUGUUCAUAGGCCUGUGGAAAGAGAUGAGCUGCUUCUCGUGUCUCAGCUCUCGCCGUAAAGACGGUAGCAGGAUUGAAAUCGAUAAUGGCAUUCGAUCUAACUCUCGCUACUCGGCCGAUACCUCAGGAAGCGGCAAGCGCAAAGCUAAUUAUGAUGAUGAUGGGAGUGGAAGGAGAAAAGGAUCUAGAAAUGGCAAGAACAAGGAUGGCAGUAGUCCAAAAGGCAAUGCAGCACGGAGCUUCACGUUUCGUGAAUUGGCGACGGCGACGAGAAACUUUAAGGAAGUAAACUUAAUUGGUGAAGGGGGGUUUGGCAAGGUUUACAAGGGACGGUUGGAAACAGGCGAGGUGGUUGCAAUAAAACAACUCAAUCAUGAUGGUCUUCAGGGAUUUCAGGAGUUCAUUGUGGAGGUUCUUAUGUUGAGCCUAUUGCACCAUUCCAAUCUAGUGACUCUGUUUGGAUAUUGUACUGAUGGAGAUCAAAGACUAUUGGUUUACGAGUACAUGCCAAUGGGUAGCUUGGAAGAUCAUCUAUUCGAUCUCGAUCCUGGUAAAGCACCUCUUAAUUGGAGCUCAAGGAUGAAGAUUGCUGUAGGUGCAGCAAGGGGCCUUGAGUAUCUACACUGCAAAGCAAAUCCUCCUGUUAUUUACAGGGACUUGAAGUCAGCAAAUAUCUUGCUUGACAAUGAUUUUAAUCCAAAGUUGUCAGAUUUUGGGCUGGCUAAAUUAGGUCCUGUUGGUGAUAAUACUCAUGUUUCGACGAGAGUGAUGGGAACAUAUGGAUACUGUGCUCCAGAGUAUGCUAUGAGCGGCAAAUUGACUCUUAAAUCUGAUAUCUAUAGCUUUGGUGUGGUUCUUUUGGAGAUCAUUUCUGGACGAAAGGCAAUAGAUAUCACCAAGAAGCAGGGAGAACAAAAUCUGAUCGCCUGGUCUAGGCCGUAUCUGAAGGACCGAAGGAAGUUUUCCCAAUUGGCCGAUCCUCUACUACAAGGACGCUUUCCUGUACGCUGUCUUCAUCACGCGAUUGCCAUCACCGCAAUGUGUCUCCAGGAACAGCCUAAUUUCCGUCCACUCAUUGGCGACAUCGUCGUCGCACUCGAGUACCUGGCGACUCAAAGUAGCAGUAGCGGGGCUCACAGUCCAUCCUCUCAAUCGCCUGGUAGAAGAUUGGAUUCCAGAACUAGUUCAAUAGCGGUUUGACAGGUCACGAGCUGCUGUCAUGUAUGACAACUGCAUGUACAUUUGUUUCAUAUCUUGUCUUCCUCUUGGGCUUGAUAAUACUCGCUCGCCGCCGACCGAGGGAAUGGAGUUAGUGGAGCACCGUAGUUGAUGGUUGCUGAAGCAUACGGCAGAGGGGCUUCCUGAUGUGUUAUUGCAUGGAAAAAAGAUUUGUGGAGAAGAUAGGGCAAAAGAUGACGGGUCGUUCAUAUCCCUUUCAUUUUUCAAUUAAUGUUUAUAUAGUGGCCUUUAGUUAUAUGGAAUACUUGUGAAUUCUUGCUUUCAUGUCUUCAUGAGUAACAUUUAGGUUGAGUUCUUGCAUCAA